AUGGAAUCCAUCAAUCAGAAAGCUCAAGAGGCUUCCUAUAAUGGCCUCGCUCAGCACACAAGCCAUUUUGUUAAUGGUUUCCGGUUUCAUAGUGGGGAAAACGACUAUAAGGUUGUGAGGCUUAUUAGGGUUUUGCUUCCACACGAGAGUGUCGUCCUUGAAGUUGAGGUUUACAGCCUUAGAUCAGAUGCUUGGAGAAGAAUAACUGUGAUGCCUUAUUUUUCAAAUACUGUCAUUUCUUGGCAAUCAAGAUGUACCUUCUUUGAUGGAGUUGUGUAUUGGAUUAUAACGGAGCAUUCUCACACUUCCAUCCUUGCUUUCGAUUUGGGCAGUGAGGUUUUUCGAAAGAUUGUGAUACCACCCGAAUUUAUAGGUCAUAUUUUUAUUCUAGUGUUUGAGAAAUCACUCUCUUUGUUCCAUACAAGACCUGGUCAUGCAUAUGGGUUCUGGAAGCGGAUGCUUAAUUGGAAAGUUAUCCGGACGAUUUGUCUUCCUGAUGGUACUAGAUUUGUAGCCUGGCCAUUGGGAAUUAGAAAAAAUCUUGGCAAAGUUCACAUGAUUCAGGAUGGAAGAAAACCAAAGCUUGUUUUGUAUGAUCCCGAGUCACACCAAGUUAAAGAUACUGGAAUCAGAACGGAGUCCAGUUACUUUCACGAUGUUGAUGCUUAUUGUCAGGGCCUAUUUUUACUCGACUGGUAA